AUGUCUCAAUAUAUGCCGCCAACGGACCAGCAACUGCCACCUCGUCCACGAGCAGUCUCCGGCGCUUCUGUGAACAAGUACCAUCCAGAGCACCCGAGCAAUCUGCAGCCGCCGACUCCUCAACCAUCUGCUCCUAUGGCCAUACCAUCUCGAGGUCAACCUCCACCUCCUGCACUCGGAGGUCAGCCAAUUCAAGGAACGCCACCAGUGCCAAAUGCAGCAUACUAUGGCACUCCCAUGAGUCAACCAGUCGGACCCACUCCACCCGUCGCCAAUGCAAAUUACUAUGGCAGUUCGCCGGGCUACUUUGGACCACAGACACCCCAACUGCAUCCCGGCUAUCCUGGCUUCCCAAGUUCCGGACCCCCCACGUUCCAGCCGCAGGCAUAUCGACCUCAAGUGGCCCAGAACGCAAGCUACCCCGGCCAGGCACCUGUCGACCCGAACGGAUACAUGCGUCCUGUCGACCCACGGCGACCCAGCGCCAGCAGCACGCACUCCCGCCACUCGGGUAAAUCUCGCCACAGUCACGGCCGCCGGGACUCGCACCAGCCUCGCCGUCGGCAUUCGGAGGACUCGUACGAUGAUGAUGAUAUGACCCACGACGAGCGCCGUGAGCGGGACCGGAGGCACAGCGCGGGCCCUGAGGUGAAGCCGGUGAAGCGGACAAAGACGCAUCGGCCGACCUUGGGUGAUUCGGUUUACUCAAUGUUUGGGGUCAUUAAGGAUGCACUUGGACCGAGGGACAAGCCGGAGAAGCGCUGA